GGCCUUCCCUUGGUAGCAGUUUUCCACACGGGACCCUUCUGCAUCGGCACUGUUGGUUCUAAAGGUAAGGGCACUCUGGUGCUCUGGAAAUCAACCCCCAGACUCAGCUUGGAGCUGGGCUGUUGGGAGCUGAGUUCUGUCUUGUUUGCGCAGUGGGGACCUCUGAGGUACAGAAUGUGGCCCUACUUACAAGCCCUCCACUGCUUACCAGGAGGGGAGACUGGGAGCGGAGCAAAAGGGAUACCUGGGCGGGUCCCAUUCUCAAGACUUGGCCCACAGAAUUCGGGCAGGGAGUCAGCAAACAGAGGAGCACUGGUCCGGGAGUGCCAGGUCUGGCAAACCGGGUGCGGAGAUGAAGACUGGGUCGUCGGGGGAGAGCAACUGCGAUGGUACUGGACUGCUAGAGGCGGGGGGGGCCCCGUCCUUCGGGGCUGAGGGGUACCCGCGACAGCCCCGCCCCUAUCGUCUCCUUCCUGGUCUCCGCCCAGCAAAUCCCCGCCCCUAGCUAGCGAUUGGCGGUCGAUCGCAAUGUCUGAGUUCUCCGUGUUCUUCUAGCGCUGCCUUUCUGGUCUCCACGUGGACAGGCCAGUGAUGGCGGCGCUGGCGGAGUCCGUGGCGGCGGAGCCCGGCAGCCGAAACGGCACUGGUAGAGGUCGAGCCCCUAGGGGCCGCUUGGCCAAUCAGAUCCCCUCUGAGAUCCUGAACAACCCCCAGCUGCAGGCAGCCAUUCAAGUCCUGCCUUCCAACUAUAACUUUGAGAUUCCCAAGACCAUCUGGAGGAUUCAACAGGCCCGGGCCAAGAAGGUGGCCUUGCAAAUGCCUGAGGGCCUUCUCCUCUUUGCCUGCACUAUUGUGGAUAUCUUGGAAAGGUUCACGGAGGCCGAAGUGAUGGUGAUGGGCGAUGUGACGUAUGGGGCUUGCUGUGUGGAUGAUUUUACUGCAAGAGCCCUGGGAGCUGACUUCCUGGUUCACUAUGGCCACAGCUGCCUGGGCAGGAGGUCCCUCCCAGUUUCUGGGAUGGCUUUGGCCUUCCUGUUCGCAGGUGGAUCUUUCCUUUGGAUUUGGUUGCCUUGGAAACAAUGCUGCUAUCCCAGAUUUCCCAUGGACACCUCGGCCCAAGACUUCCGGGUAUUGUACGUCUUUGUGGACAUCCGGAUAGAUACUACCCACCUCCUGGAUUCUAUCCGCCUCACCUUUUCCCCAGCCACUUCCCUUGCCCUGGUCAGCACCAUUCAGUUUGUGUCAACCUUGCAGGCAGCUGCCCAGGAGCUGAAAGCUGAGUACUGUGUGAGUGUCCCCCAGUGCAAGCCCCUGUCCCCUGGGGAGAUUUUGGGCUGUACGGCUCCCCAUCUGCCCAAAGAAGUGGAGGCUGUUGUAUAUCUGGGAGAUGGCCGUUUCCAUUUGGAGGCUGUCAUGAUCGCCAACCCUGGUGUCCCUGCUUACCGAUAUGACCCAUACAGCAAAGUCCUGUCCAGAGAGCGCUAUGAUCACCAGCGCAUGCAGGCCAACCGUCAAGAAGCCAUAGCCACAGCCCGUUCAGCUAGAUCCUGGGGCCUUAUCCUGGGCACUUUGGGCCGCCAGGGCAGCCCCAAGAUUCUGGAGCACCUGGAAUCUCGACUCCAAGCCUUGGGACUUCCCUUCUUGAGGCUGCUCCUAUCUGAAAUCUUCCCCAGCAAGCUUAGCCUACUUCCUGAAGUGGAUGUGUGGGUGCAGGUAGCAUGUCCGCGCCUUUCCAUUGACUGGGGCACAGCCUUCCCCAAGCCGCUGCUGACACCCUAUGAGGCAGUGGUGGCCCUGAGGGACAUUUCCUGGCAGCAGCCCUACCCUAUGGACUUCUACGCCGGCAGCUCCUUGGGGCCGUGGACUGUGAACCACGGACGGAACCGGCCCCCCCAGGCCCUGAGCUGGCCCCCGCUGGAGAAGGAGGAGUCCACGCGCCCCUCUCCGGCCGCGCCAUGCGGCGGUUGCAGCUGCAGAGACCAAAAGGGAGCGCCGCCCGCUCGGUGAGACACUCCAUGGUCUCAGAGCCCUGCCUUCCUGAGGAGCAGCCCCGAGGCUGGUGGUUUUCAGAACAGGAGGCAGACGUUUUCAACGCCCUGAGCCAGCCCACAGCGUGCAGAGGUCUAGAGGAAGCCUUGGAAUCCGUGGCACAGGCACUGAAGAAACUGGGGCCUUUUGAUGGGCUCCUUGGUUUCAGCCAGGGGGCUGCGCUAGCAGCUCUUGCGUGUGCCCUUGGCCAAGCCGGCGAUCCCCGCUUCCCCUUGCCAAGGAAAGUAUGCAACUGGCUAGCCGAUUCAUUGGAGCCAUCACCCUCACCCACUGUGGUGGCCACUUCAUUCCAGCGGCUGCGGCCCAGCGCCAGGCCUACCUCAAGUUUUUGGACCAGUUUGCAGGGUGAAAAAUCAACAAAU